UGUUUGGCUGAGGAUGAUCACGAAAUGGAGGAGUUUUUGAAGCGGGAGUAUUCUCUCUCCAAGCCGUAUCAAGGUGUGGAUCUCUAGGCUCCUCCCACUGGGAGCUGAUGGGGGAUGCCAUGGUAACCACCGAGCAGGUGCGCCUCACACCUGACAUGCAGAGCAGGCAGGGGGCAGUGUGGAGCCGCCUUCCUUGCCAUUUAACAGACUGGGAGAUGCAGGUGCAUUUUAAGAUUCAUGGUCAAGGAAAGAAGAACCUGAAUGGUGAUGGGCUGGCAAUUUGGUACACUAAGGAACGUACGCAGAAAGGUCCUGUUUUUGGAAAUAUGGACAACUUCACUGUUGGUGUGUUUGUGGACACGUAUCCCAAUGAGGAGAAACAGCUAGAGAGGAUUUUCCCCUUCGUCCUGGCUAUGGUCGGCAAUGGCAGCAUCAGCUACGACCACGAAAGAGACGGUCGGCCCACAGAGCUCGGGGGUUGCAACGCAAUGGUGCGCAACCUCAAACACGACACCUUCCUCUUCAUCCGAUACGUCCGCCGCAGGCUCACGGUGAUGAUAGACAUUGACGGGCAGCAUGAGUGGAGGGACUGCCUGGACAUACCCGGGGUGCGGCUUCCCCGAGGCUUUUAUUUUGGAGCCUCAGCCAUCACUGGAGACCUCUCUGACAACCAUGAUAUCAUUUCCCUGAAACUCUACCAACUGACGGUGUUACGGAGUAAACAGGAAGAAGAGGAGGAAGAGGAGAUAACCAUACCCAGUGUGGAUAACAUUGAGCUACUCAGAUUGGGUCAGAAUGAAGAGGGGAUGAGCGGAAUAGCUAUCUUCUUCACCGUGCUCUUCUCAAUGCUGGGAUGCAUCUUCCUCAUCGUCAUCGUCCUGGUGGUCUACAGCCACUGGAACGAGAGCCGACGCAAGCGUUUCUACUGAAGGACUUUUUUUUAAAAAAAAGACGGAGGUGGUGAUUGUGAUAAUUACUGCGGUCCGUGGACCCCAAACACACUAAGACAGAAGUGAGGCACUGCUGUCAGCCAGCGGAGAGCAGCAGAUAGUUUUAUCCUGAGGACAUUAUUUUGACAGGAGACGGAGUAGAUGUAUCACCUGCUGCAAAAAGCCAUCGUCCAACCACUGGUAGUCAUGAAGCAGCCCCUGCCUGACACACACCAACUGGGCCUUACCAUCUCCACCUCUGUACUUGAUGCACAGUAAACGUGCAGAAUGACAUCUUGUGAGCAGCUACAUUUAUUUUUUUUGUCACUGUUUGCUGCAUAAAACAAAAAAAUAUGAAA